AUGACUGGAUUUAGUUAUGGAUGGCCUUCUCCAUCGAUACCUAAACUACUAGAUGGGUCCCAUGUAUCCGUGACAAACGAUCAGACUGCAUGGUUGGCUGUAAUAAAUAUCCUCUUUUCCAUCCCCGGAGCAGUAGUUGCCGGUUGGGCACUGGACAAAAUUGGUCGCCAAAAAAUAAUAUUAUUCUUGGGAUGGCCCAAUCUUAUCGCAUGGCUACUUAUAGCCUUUUCAACUAGAGUGGAAAUGUUGUUUAUAGCAAGAGCAAUAGUUGGUUUUGUCGAUGCAUUUGUAUUCAUAGCAAUUCCUUUAUAUGUGGGUGAAAUAGCCCUUGCGAACACGCGCGGACUUCUUGGAUCCUUAACAAGUGUAAGUCUUGUGCUUGGAAUAGCAAUAAUCAACGCAAUCGGACAUUAUCUUAGUAUUUAUACCACUGCGUUAAUAUGUGCUGGAUUGCCUAUUAUAUACACAAUACUUGUCUAUUUUGCAAUUGAAAGUCCCUAUUAUCAUAUAAUGAAUGACCAACAUGAAGAUGCCAAACAUUGUUUAAGAAAACAUAGGGGUGUAGAAGAUGUUGAUGAUGAAUUUAUCAGACUAGCAACCGUAAUUCAGGAAGAUCAACGUAACAAAGGUCAUUUUAUGGAUUUGUUUACUGUGUCAAGUAAUAGAAAAGCAUUAUUAAUUAUGUGUGGACUAAGGACAAUUCAACAAUUUAGUGGUAUUUCCGCCAUUACAUUUUACACGCCAAAAAUUCUCACUAUUGAUCAUAUUGUGGUAAUUUAUUUCGGAGUUCAAUUGUUUAUGACUUGCAUUGCAUCGAUUAUCGUCGAUAAAGCAGGAAGAAGACCUUUACUUAUACUAUCAUCUAUGGGUACAGGUUUUGCAUCAACUGUUGUGGCGGUUUACUAUUUUCUCUUACAGCGGACGCUUGUAGACCUUUCAAAUUUAGAAUAUUUACCAGUGAUAGCAAUGAUUAUGUACAUUGUUUUACACAGCGUCGGACUGUAUACAAUUCCGUUGUUAAUGAUUAGUGAAGUUUUUCCUACCAGUGUGAAAUCCUAUGCUAUCGCUAUUUUAGAUUUAUAUUUUUGCCUUUGUGUCACGGCUUCAGCUCAAUUCUUUUAUGUGACUUUAACAUUUGAAGGAAUGUAUCUUGCAUUAUUUUGUUUUGCAAUGUUUUCAUUUGCUGGCACAGUUUUCAUCCAUAUUUUUGUGCCGGAAACUAAAGGAAAAACUUUAGAGGAUGUAGUAGAUCAUUUUAAACGUAGAUAG